CGCCUGGUCCGUAUAAUGUCUCCUCUCUGGUUCUACUUUCAAGGAAAUGUGGAUUAUGGAUUAUGCGUACAUGAAGAAAUUAAUGGCCAUGAGUUCCUAUUUGAUCAACUCCAACUAUGUGGACCCGAAGUUUCCACCCUGCGAGGAAUACUCCCAGAGUGACUACCUGCCCAGUCACUCCCCGGAUUACUACGGCGCCCAGAGGCAAGAGCCUGCGUUCCAACAUGAGUCGAUCUACCACCAGCGGUCGGGUUGUGUCGACCCGCCUUACACGUCGUGCCAGGGUCCGGGGCAGCCCGCAGUGGUUAUGUCGCCGAGGAGUCACGUCUUACCACCAACCGGACUCUCAACUCCUCUACCCGAGCAAAGCCAUCAUUGCGACUCCGUAACUCCAAGCCCUCCGCCCGCUUGUGGCCAGAACCCCAUUAACCAAAGCACUUCAUCGGCCAGCUCACGCAAGGAUCCCGUGGUGUAUCCCUGGAUGAAAAAAGUCCACGUAAACAUUGUAAGCCCAAAUUAUUCAGGAGGUGAACCCAAGCGCUCCCGCACAGCCUACACAAGACAACAAGUUCUGGAACUGGAAAAGGAGUUCCACUACAACCGCUACCUGACCCGCAGGCGCAGGGUGGAGAUAGCCCACACCCUAUGCCUCUCGGAACGUCAGAUCAAGAUUUGGUUCCAGAACCGACGUAUGAAGUGGAAGAAGGACCACAAGCUGCCUAACACCAAGAUAAGGUCCAGUAGCUCCUCCAAUACAAACCCAAGCGGAGUCUCGACACUGGGGAGUUCACAGAGUCGGACCAGCGGACCCCCACCCAGCCUAUAGCCAACCUCCCUCCAUACCCAUUCAGAAAUAAACGCACUUUGUGAAACCACAGUGUCUGGAGGGGCACGCGUGGAUUUUAGCCAUGCGGCUCUGCCCGUUCUCCAUCUCUUUAUUCACUGACAGGGAUGUUACACGAGAGGGUUAAGGAAAGGAAGAAGAAGAAAAUAUGUCCGAUUCUAAGCCAGAGAAAGAGAGAGGGGCAAAGAGUCCAAAUACAAACACUUCCACAGAUGUGUUCUCUCUCGAUCCAGUUCCCUCUUUUACCCCGGGCCCCUCUUGUUCUCUCUCCCCCUCUAUUAGAACAGAAGGCGGCAGAUAGUUUUCAGAUUUGGUGAAGAUGGAUCCGCGUUUCAUCUUUAAUCACGCCAAACUCGGUCCCAUUUGUCAUGUUUACUCUGCGGUACAAAGGAUGAACCGUAGGCCUGCCCAUUACCUCGACGUCUAGCGUUCUGUUUAAUAAAUGAGUCUCCUUGUUUCGUCAAGAGCCGUUUUCUUACUGCCCUUUUCUGCCUUCCGUUCAGAAAAUACAACGAGCACGGCUGCCCAAAUAUGAAGUUCCUUUUCCUUGAAAUAUCUCAGAUUUUACCUUUUUAUUUUAAUUAUUGUUAUUUUUUGUUGUAUUCUUCAAGGAUGCAAUGGCAAGAAGCCUUGGAGCGAUAGUGAAACGCAUCGAUCGUUUAGUAUGUACAGGGACUGUUACCCCCGCUUAUUUUCAAUAUCUAAUUAUCAUAUAUUUGAAAUAAUCGGGGAAAUAUAAAGGAGACGUUCUUUCGGAAACAGGGGAAGGUCAUUGCAAUUUCAUUAAGCUGGACAUAGCUAUAUGCUAAGAACCAAAACCUGGUACAUCGCAAAUCAUUUAUAACAGAGCACUGCUAAGUACUGUGUGAAUUACCUCAAUUGUAAUUGUGUUGAUUUUUUGUUGUCUUGUUUUAAUGAAGUGACAGAUUUGAACUCGUUUGACUUACAUGACAAGUAUCUGCAAUAAGUACUUAUUCAUUUCUUGUAAGUGAAAUGUAUAAUUUAAGUCAAUAUGUGGCCAGGGUUGUUCAGAGAUAAGGGGUGCGUAUAUUUGCAUGACUGAAUAUACACAUUUAUUUUAGCGUUUAUUCUCUUGACUCUACGCCUUUUCAGGCACAUAAACACGCGCACAUGUCUCUUGUCUUUCUUUCUCCCCUCUUUAUUUUUCUCUCACGCUUUUCUUCUCGCCCUGUGCCAUUUGGGUAUUUACCUUUUAUGUCUUUCUUUUUUACAUUCCAAAGAUCAGUCUUGACGCUGGUAAAUGACAGAAAUGUAUUUUAUUCCCCCAAUUUUGUAUGUUGUCCUCUCUCCCUGCUUACUUCUAUCUCUAUCUCUGUCUUCCUUGUUACUUGUAAAUAGCUAGAAAUUUAAUAAAUGGCGAAAAACCAUCUCUCUUUCC